AUGGAGCUUCGCAAGUGCUGCAACCAUCCCUAUCUUAUCACUGGAGCGGAAGAAAAGAUAAUGUCUGACUUCCGAGAAGCGACACCAGUGAUUCCUCUUGACUUCCACUUACAAGCAAUGGUGCGCUCCUCUGGCAAAUUAGUUCUAAUAGACAAACUUCUACCCAAGCUUAAAGCUGGAGGGCAUAAGGUUCUUAUCUUUUCCCAAAUGGUGCGGUGCCUGGAUAUUUUAGAGGAUUAUCUCAUUCAGAGAAGAUAUCUUUAUGAACGAAUUGACGGUAGAGUCCGUGGUAAUAUGCGCCAAGCAGCAAUUGAUCGAUUCAGCCGCCCAGACUCUGAUCGAUUUGUAUUCUUGCUAUGUACUCGGGCUGGUGGGCUGGGGAUCAACCUCACCGCUGCAGACACUUGUAUCAUCUUCGACUCUGACUGGAACCCGCAAAAUGACCUUCAGGCACAAGCACGUUGUCACCGGAUUGGUCAGAGCAAGGCUGUUAAGAUUUACCGGCUGAUCACCAGAAACUCCUAUGAAAGAGAGAUGUUUGACAAGGCUAGCUUGAAGUUAGGACUUGACAAAGCUGUACUCCAGUCUAUGAGUGGACGGGACAACCACCUUAGCGGGCCCAUCCAGCAGUUUACAAAGAAGGAGAUUGAAGACUUACUUCGGAAAGGUGCUUAUGCAGCCAUCAUGGAUGAAGAUGAUGAAGGCUCUAAGUUUUGCGAGGAAGAUAUUGAUCAAAUUCUGUUGAGAAGAACUACCACCAUAACAAUAGAGUCUGAAGGCAAAGGUUCCACCUUCUCUAAGGCAAGUUUUGUAGCAUCUGAAAACAGGACAGAUAUUUCGUUGGAUGAUCCUAACUUUUGGCAAAAGUGGGCUAAAAAAGCAGAUUUAGAUCUAGAUCUGCUUAACAGUAAGAACACACUGGUGAUAGACACACCCCGUAUCAGGAAACAGACUCGGCACUUCAGUAAUAAGGAUGAUGAUAUGGUAGAGUUUUCAGAUCUAGAAAGCGAUGACGAUGACCGCCCACGAGCUCGACGGCAAGACCGCAAAAAUGGUUAUGGUCGUACAGACUGCUUUAGAGUAGAGAAGCACCUUCUUGUCUAUGGAUGGGGUCGGUGGCGUGACAUAUUAAACCAUGGUCGCUUCAAACGAGGUAUGACAGAACGAGAUGUGGAGAAAAUCUGCCGAGCCAUUUUAGUUUACUGUCUAUUGCACUAUCGUGGAGAUGAGAACAUUAAAAGCUUUAUUUGGGAUCUGAUCAGUCCUGCAGAGAAUGGCAAAACCAAGCAGCUGCAGAACCACUCAGGUCUUUCGAUUCCUGUACCUCGCGGGCGCAAGGGAAAAAAAGUAAAGUCU